AUGUCGGACGAAGAGCACCACUUCGAGUCCAGCGACGCCGGAGCUUCCAAGACCUACCCUCAGCAGGCUGGUAACAUCCGUAAAGGUGGUCACAUCGUCAUCAAGGGCCGUCCCUGCAAGGUUGUUGAGGUUUCGACUUCGAAGACAGGCAAGCACGGUCACGCUAAGUGUCACUUUGUUGCUAUUGAUAUCUUCACUGCGAAGAAGCUUGAGGAUAUUGUUCCUUCUUCCCACAAUUGUGAUGUUCCACAUGUGAACCGUAUUGAUUACCAGUUGAUUGAUAUCUCUGAGGAUGGCUUUGUUAGCCUUUUGACCGACAGUGGUGGCACCAAGGAUGACCUCAAGCUUCCCACCGAUGAUAGUCUCAGCGCUCUGAUGAAGAGUGGAUUCGAGGAGGGAAAGGAUGUUGUGGUGUCUGUUAUGUCUUCCAUGGGUGAGGAGCAGAUCUGUGCCGUUAAGGAAGUUGGUGGUGGCAACGUCCGUCACAAUAUCAGCAUAGUUUAUCUUCGCUGUCACCAAAUUAAAGCGCCGUAUUUCGGUCGUGUCCUGACCUUUAUCAUCACCUUGCAAGGACGGCAAAAAUUUGACAUUUUUGAGGGCUUUUGGGUGUUGUUGGUAUGGUCCUACGAUUUAUGUUUUGUUAGUUGGAGGAAAUCAUCGAUAAAAGUCUCUAGGUUGAUAUGGUUUGGUCAUGUAUGUUGCCCAGUAAUGGACGAGGGACGUCAAAAGGACUUGCAGUUGUUGGAGGAAAUCAUCGAUAAAGGUCUUAAACAAAAGCUUCUACAAACUAUUGCUACACGGGACAAGAUCUUUGAAGAGCAAAAAGAACUCUCUGACUUGCGGAAAAACAUAGAAACUCUGGAGAAAAAUGGUGUAAAUAGUCUCAAAACUAUGGUUAACCUCGGUUCAGAAGUUUACAUGCAAGCUGAAGUGCCAGAUACAAGGCACAUAUUCAUGGAUGUAGGACUGGGUUUCUAUGUGGAGUUCACCCGGCAAGAAGCUCUUGACUAUAUUCCAAAAAGGGAGGAACUAGUUAAAAAACAAUUAGAAGAGGUUAAUAAAGUUAUUGCGCAGAUCAAAGGGCGUAUCAAGCUGGCUCAUCACCAGAUUCAGCAAAUACUCAAUCUUCCAGAGGAGAAUCCAUCAUCAAACCGGCAACGUGCGUUUCAGUAUUGA